GUUUCAGUUAGAAGUUAGAACGAGGCUUGGAACACAGGAAGUCAUGGAGCCAGCACCCCCCAACAGUUUCCAGCCUAACGAACAUCAGCACAUUCGUUACAACCCGCUGCAUGAUGACUGGGUGCUGGUAUCUGCCCAUCGCAUGAGACGUCCUUGGCAAGGUCAGCUCGAGAAACCGCCAGAGGAGAAUAUUCCCAGACAUGAUCCAAAGAAUCCACUGUGCCCAGGAGCUCAACGGGCAGGAGGGGAGGUGAAUCCUACAUACGAGGGGACCUUUCUCUUUGGGAAUGAUUUCCCAGCUCUGCAACCUGAUGCCCCUGAUCCAGAUACCAGCGGUCAUCCUUUGCUACAAGCAAAAACAGCCAAAGGCAUUUGUCAGGUCAUGUGUUUCCAUCCUUGGUCAGACAUUACUCUUCCGCUAAUGUCCACUCAGGAGAUCCGAGCUGUGAUUGACAAGUGGGCGGAAAUUAUGACUGAUCUGGGAGCCACGUAUCCCUGGGUUCAGAUCUUCGAGAACAAAGGGGCCAUGAUGGGUUGUUCUAAUCCUCACCCUCAUUGCCAGAUUUUUCCUUGUCGGCUCUCCGUCUGGCCGCUUGCGCAUGCACAGUUGUGCUGUACGGACGCUCCGGAGUCUGACGAUGUCUGUGCACGGUGGAGGUAGUAGGUGUUAAAUG